AUGGUCAAUAGUAAACGAAAUCCUCUGCAUGUCUCUCCUAUAAGUAUCUCAUACUGCUACUGGGCGGUGAGCCGAACUCUCCAAACAGGCAAGCGCACAGACCACUUCCCACUUGGCAGAUCCUGCGCCGCACUACGUACUACGCACGUCAGCGAACGCUUUACCGCCACUCUUUCCCGCGGACUGUUUAUCCUCCCGCCCAAACAUUCGUCGCCCCUCCAACCCGCCUCAUGCCUCUCGGUCGAUGGAUGCCACCGUCGUGACCGCCCCGUCGUCCGUGAACCUCCCCCUAACAACUCCUGUCUCGCUUUCCACGUGCUCGUCUCGCUCAUGGAAAAAUUCUUGCGCUCCUGGCGCCAGGAUGCGCUGAACCGAGGCCAGCAUGACGCAGCCAUUUACAUCGGCGACAAGGUGCUGGCCCUGACCAGUGAGUCCCCCGACGACAGUGACUCAGAUGCCUUCUGGCUAGCACAGGUUCAUUUCUCGAACAACAACUACGCCCGCGCCCUGGCCCUCCUCUCCCGCAAAGACCUCAUCUCCCGAAGCACGGCUUGUCGCUACCUUGCCGCACACUGCUACAUCAAGCAGAACCAGUUCGAACAGGCGCUCUCCGUCCUCGGGGACCAUAAUCCAACUCAUCUGGUCCGCAGCAGCAACAGUCGUCGCAAGCUGCAACACGUCAACGGCCAAAGCCAUGUUACUUUGCGGAACGGAAAGACAACAGCGUCGCGGAUCGACCGUGGCGAGGAGCGGGAAAAAGAAGACGCAAACAAUGUCCGAUUUGAGGCAGCAAUGUGCUACCUGAGGGGGCUCUGUUUCGCGAAGCAGAAUGCCUUCGACCGCGCGCGGGAUUGUUACAAGGAUGCGGUCCGGAUCGAUGUUCAGUGCUUCGAGGCGUUCGACCAGCUCAUGAAGAACUCGCUCAUGUCGCCUGCGGAGGAACUGGAGUUCCUCGAGUCGCUCGACUUUGAUUCUGUCUCCAGCCCCGAUCCGUCAGUCGCGCAAGAGGCGGCCCAUUUUACCAAGAUGCUAUACACCACCCGACUGUCCAAGUACUCCUCCCCUACGAUUCUUUCAGAUGCCACCGAAACUCUUUCGACGCAUUACAACCUAUCGGAAAAUCCAGAUAUCUUGCUAUCGCGGGCAGAAGCCCUAUAUACACAGUGUCGGUUCGCACAAGCCCUCGAACUCACCUCGUCUAUCCUCUCCACGUCGCAAACGAGUGCAUCUUCGACGCAGACGGCAGCUGCAAUGCACGUGUCCGCUCAAAGCCACCUUGGACAUCCGCCUGCAGUCUAUCCCUUACAUCUGGCGUGUCUCUACGAGACCGGAGCCACAAACGCACUCUUUCUUUUAUCGCAUACGCUCGCCGAUCACGCUCCAGAGGAAUCGUACACUUACCUCGCUAUCGGUGUAUACUAUCUAUCGGUUUCCAAGAUCGCUGAGGCGCGACGGUUCUUCUCUAAAGCCUCCUUGCUGGAUCCCCAUUCCGCGCCAGCAUGGAUUGGCUUUGCCCACACCUUUGCCGCCGAAGGCGAGCACGAUCAGGCGAUUGCCGCGUAUAGCACGGCGGCGCGGCUCUUCCAGGGCAGCCACCUGCCUCAGCUAUUCCUAGGCAUGCAGCAUCUUGCAUUAAACAACAUGUCCCUUGCUCAAGAGUACCUUUCGGCAGCGUACUCCAUGUCCACCGGGGACGCGUCGGGGUCUGCCCCAGCCAUCCGUGCCAACCCAUCUUCCGAGCUAACGUCUCUUGGUGGCGACCCUUUGGUCCUGAACGAACUCGGGGUUGUCUUCUAUCACCAGAACCACCUUGAGGCGGCCGUCGAACUCUUCCGCCGGUCUCUCGCGCUGGCUACAUCGCUGGAAUGCGAGCCUGGGGCGUGGGUAGCGACGCGUGCGAACUUGGGACAUGCCUUGCGUCGCAUUGGGCGAUUUUCGGAAUCGCUGACCGAGUUCGAUGAGUGCCUACGCAUCGGCGCCGCCGGCGCAAGUUUCGGGUACAGCCCAUUCUUAGGGGGCAGCGGCGGGAGCGCAUCGGGCGUGGCCACGUCGGGUGUCGGAGGCUACGAAGACCGCGGGCUGGUCGGCUCAUUGCACACUGCUCGCGGGCUUGUAUUACUGGAGUUGAGCCGCACCAUGGAAGCCGUGACAGCGCUACACGAAGCGGUACGAGUGCUUGGGGCCAGCGGGGGCGGCGAUGCAGCAGGGGGCGCUGGCAUCGCCGGCACACUGCUUUCUCGCGCGCUGGAGAUCUGGGCGCUGGAAGGCCAAGAGACCGAACAACUGGUGUUUGAAGAAACUAGAACCACAGCCAGUCGGAGCUCUACGCGAUCAUCCAAAGGCAAGGGGAAGAGCGUUUCCCGGCGGCGAGGGGCUCGGGAGGAAUCGUACACCGAAGAAUGGACCGAUGAGGUGGCCCAUGCCGAUGCGCCCAGCGCAGCCGCGUACGCGGAAACGCUCGAAGAGAAAGUGGAGAUGGAGCUGGACGACGAAGCGGACGGCAUGCUGCGGCAGGCAAUGAGCCGCGUGCGAGGCGGGCGCAGCAGGCGACGGGUAGUUGAGGCGGAAAGCGACGAGACGCCCGGGCCUGCGAGCGGACGGAGUCGAGGAACGAGGCUGGUGCGAAGCAACACGAGGCAGCAAUGGUUCGUCGCAGCUCUGCUUGAGAUCGGUAACUGCGUAGGCAUAUCGAUAAGCGCACGUGACUCUCACAUGAUCCUAUCGCUCGAUAGCGGCCGGGCGCAAAUCGCCUUCGCCUUCGCCGUCGCCAUCAUCAAGCAAUCAACCACCUUCCAACACCAACACUCUCACUUCCACUCACCACUUCCCUCCAACACCAUUCUCAACCGCCACCAUGUCCUGACAAAGUACUACCCCCCGGACUUCGAUCCGAGCGCGAUCACUCGGGUCCCGAAACACCUGCGCAAGACCGGGCCGAAGGUGAUCACCGUGCGCCUGAUGGCACCGUUCUCGAUGAAAUGCGAGAAGUGCGGCGAAUUCAUCUACAAAGGCCGCAAAUUCAACGCGCGCAAGGAAACCACCUCGGAGAAAUACUUCUCGAUCCCGAUCUACCGGUUCUACAUCCGGUGCACGCGGUGCAGCGGGGAGAUCACGUUCGUGACGGACCCGAAGAACAUGGACUACCGGGCGGAGCGCGGGGCGAAGCGGAACUUCGAGCCGUGGCGCGACGCGGCGCAGCUGCCGAACCACGACGAGACGGAGCAGGAGACGCUGGACCGGCUGGAGCGCGAGGAGGGCGAGGAGGCCGAGCAGGAGGAGCGCGACAAGAUGGCGGAGCUCGAGGAGAAGAUGCUGGACUCGAAGCGGGAGAUGGCGAUUGCCGACGCGCUGGAUGAGAUCCGCACGCGCAAUGCCCGGAUGGAGCGGACGGAGGCGCUGGGGGAGGAGGGCACCGUUUCGGCGUUGGAGCGCGUGCGCGAGGAGAAGGAUGAGGAGGCGGUGCGCGCGGAGCGCGAGAUCGAGGAGGCUGCCCGACGCGCGUUUAUGACCGAGUCCGGGGAGAGGGUCAAGCGGUUGGUGGAGGUGGAGGAGGAGCCUGCGGCGAGCGGCGGCGGCGGCGGCGGCAGCGGCAGCAACAGUGUUGGUGGCAGCAACGGCAGCAGCAGUAGCUUCCCUGGUGGCGAGCAGUCUGGGGGCCCUGCGCCGCCGCCUUCCUUUGCCCGCGUCAAGAAGGCUAAGAAGCCCUUGGCCAAUAGCUUGGGGAUCAAGAAGAAGGCCAAGCCGUCGUUGGUCUAGUUCCUUUCUCUACCUUUCACUUCCACAAGGCGUUCGGUUGCAUUGCUAAGCAUGGGGGGUUUUCAUUACUACGAACUCACGAUUACUUGCACAUAGGUCUUUCAAGGCUCAUAAUUCUGCUAUUCCACCUAACUUCUAUUUCGAGCACACACAUUUUGUAGUAUUUGAUCUCCACAGUCAAUAGAAAACAC